CGGAAGUGACCUGCAGUUAGCCGUUCAGUAAUGGAUGUUGAGUGUUGUAGUCCUCUGUUUUGUUUGGCUUUACGUAAAACAUUACCAUAAGGUUGCUGUUAUUUAUUUUAUUUUUAUAUUUUACCGGAAACUAGUCGAUGUCAGCUUCCUCUGCAAUAAUGACCACCAUCGUCCAUGAUACUGCAGAGGCAGUGUGCCUGUCCUCUGAGUACAACUUGUACCUCAAGCCCAUUGCCAAAAUGACAGUCAGCGUGGCUUUGCCCCAGCUCAAACUGCCUGGCAAGAGCAUCUCAAACUGGGAGGUAAUGGAGAGGGUAAAGGCCAUGGUGGUGCCGGAGCAGUUUUCAGCCCUGCGGAUCUCCAAGAGCACCAUGGACUUUAUCCGCUUUGAGGGCGAGGUGGAAAACAAGACGGUGGUCAAGAGCCUGCUGGCGCGUCUGGAUGGGAAGACCAUCAAACUCAGUGGAUUUACUGAUGUACUGAAGGUACGUGCCGUAGAAAAUAAGGUUGACUUCCCUACACGACAUGACUGGGACUCCUUUUUCCGUGAUGCCAAGGACAUGAAUGAGACUCUUCCAGGCGAGAGACCCGACACUAUUCACCUGGAAGGGCUACCAUGCCGCUGGUUUAGCCAGAAGGACAGUCCGUUCCCAGACCGACCCUCAGAAGAGGUCCUCAUUGCUGUUUUUCAGGCUUUUGGCAAGGUGCGAAACGUUGACAUCCCCAUGCUGGACCCAUACAGAGAGGAGAUGCUCGACAAGAACUUCAGCACAUUCAGCUUUGGGGGGCAUCUCAACUUUGAAGCUUAUGUCCAGUAUCAGGAAUACUGCGGUUUCACAAAGGCCAUGGACACUCUGCGCGGCAUGAAGCUGAUGCUGAAGGGAGACGAUGGAAAGGCAGUUGCCUGCAACAUCAAGGUGACGUUUGACACCAGCAAGCACCUCAGUGAGCUGGCUCUGAAGAGGAGGUGUCAGGAGAGGCUGAAGUUACAGGAGCUGGAGAGGCAGAGAGAAGAGCAGAAACGGCGCGAGAAGGAAGAGGAGGAGCGGCGCAGGGAGGAGGAGAGGAAACAGAAGGAACACGAAGAGGAGGAGAAGGAGAGGAAGAAGGAGGAGAAACUGCGGAAGCGAGAGCAGAAGCUGCGGGAGAGGGAGGAGAGGAAGAACCUGAAGAAGGUGAGGCGGCAGCAGGAGGAGGAGCAGAAGAAGCUGCAGAUGAAGAUCGCCAUGGAGGAGAGGAGGCUGCUGCUGGCUCAGCGCAACCUGGAAUCAAUACGGCUCAUUGCCGAGCUCCUGGCCAGGGCCAAGGCUCUGAAGCAGCAGCAGCAGGAAAAAGAGAGGGCCGAACGCGAGGAGCAGGAGAGGCAGCAGCAGGCCCGUCAAAAGGAAGAGUUAGCCCGCCUUCAGCAGCUGGAGGCCUGCCGGCGCAAGCAGGAGGAGGAGCUGCGCAGGGUGGAGCUGGAGAAGGAGCGGGCGCUGGAGCUCCAACGCAGAGAGAAGGAGCUCAGGGAGAAACUGGUCUGCAACAUGUUGAAGAAGAGCACUGGGAAAGCUCCGGGACCUGCGGGCGCGCAGGACGAGGCCGGGCCUGAAAUGAGCGAGGAGACCUGCGAUCCCGGGGAUGUGAUGAUGCUGGGGGUCCUGGGUCAACUCAACGGUGUGAAGGCGGCUGACGACAAAGAAAAAGAGGUAGCCAGGUCUAGCACGCACUCCCACGGUUUGGGAAGAAGUAAAACCAGAGAGGAGGGAAGAGGAGGGCAGGACAAGAAAAAAGACGGAGAUGGAAGGAGAGAGGAGGUGGUCAGGAGCAGGAACAGUAGGGAUCGCACGAGGGGCGACUCCCAAAGAGAAAGGAAAUCCCACAGCGAGGGGAGGAGGAGGAGACGCUCUCAGAGCCACAGCAGGAGGAGAAGGAGUUCCAGCCGGCGAAGGAGGAGGCCCAGUCGCCACGGCAGCAGGAGGCGCAACCACAGCCACUGCAGCAGGAGCACGAGCUCCGGCAGGGACAGGAGCCGGAGCAGCAGCGGGAGGAGUCACAGCGGAGAGAAGAGCCACAGACGCCGACACGGCAGAGGCAGCAGAGGCAGCUCCAGGAGCAGCGACAGAAGCCGAGAGCGGAGGAGUCACAGUCACUACAGUCGCAAAUACAGGAGGCACAGCCACAGCAGGGAUAGGAGCCACUCCAGGCGACGCUGAACUCAUCAACAUAAUCAUUUCACACCAAGUGGCUGCUUAGCAUAAGCCAAAAAAAUCUCAGACUUAAACAUUUCAUAUAAAAAGAAAGUUAAUUUCACAAAAUCACUUCAAAAAAUAUACAUGAACCAUGGAAGUGGUUGCUGCUGAUUCUACUCCCCCCAAAAAAGAAUCGACCUGAUUCAACUUAACAUUUAUUAUACGUAAAGUACCAGCUGUCCUAUUCGGUUUCACUACAACGGUGUUCUUUCUCAAGUGUGACGGGUUUAUCAAUAUUCAACACUUUUCUCUAAGAACGAGGAAGAAAAAACCCAGCGGUUAUAUCGGAGGUUGACAGGACAAGACUAAAUUAAAGGUCUAAACCUGCUUUGAGUUAUAAUGCUUGCUCAUGCAGAAAGUUCUUCUAACCAGUGUGAUCUAUACGUUACGGCUGCCACGGCUGUGGGGGGACUUUAACGAACGGCUGCUGUUGCGUUACAAAUGUGAAGUUUCCACAGACUCUAAUGACUUUACCUCUGUUUUAAGGUUGUCAUGUUAGCUGCCCAGCUGUUACUUGAAAUACUGCACCAGUAUUGGCUUCGUCGCCGACGAAGUCUCAGAACCACACGCGGCCGAACUCGGCGGCAACGGACUUGACGACGUGACUUCACAUCAGCAUUUGUCACGUUCACAGUUUUAGUUUGAAAGAGAAUAACUGUUAUUUUUAUUAAAAGCAUGCGUUAUGUGAAGCUGUGGUGUUCAAACUCGUAAUGGAGCGUACAAGCAAUUUUUGGGUCGUUUGUAACUCCGGGUUAAUUAAGAAUUGCAGUAAUGGAUAUGCAGACUGUGGUAUUUUUAUAUCCGUGGCAACGUUGAGUGUUUAGGAAACCAGCUUUUGAGAUUCAAGUCCAGCAGUACAGCGCAGUAGUAAAAAUGGGCGGCUAGGAUGUUUUAUUAUACGGUCAUUUGCUUUCUUACUGUUCAAACUGUUCUUUUAGCUGAAGCUGAGCUCUGGGGACGUUGAACCUAAUCUCACUGACGCCUUCAUUGUCACCUGUACCUGCCACGGAAAUCUUCAUUCGUUCUGUAUUUCUUACACUACAGCAUGCCAUGACAUAUGCUUCAAGUUGGUUAAAAUAAAAAUCAAAGCUGGGA